AUGUCAACCAUUCAAUCACCAGCUCUUAAGAAAAGAAGAUUGAAUGAUGAAGACGACCAUGAUAAGAUUGAUCCAGUGGAAAAACUAUUAAGCUUGACCACAUUUAACAAUGAUAUUCUUUUAGAUAUUGACCAAGAACAGCAACAACAACAGGAAGAAGAAGACGGAGAAGAAAGUGAUAGUGAAGAUUCAGAAUAUGAGUCAGAAGAAGAAUCUUCUAACAUCUCCUUAAAUUUCUCCAAAAUAUUAAAUGAAAAUAUUAGAAAUUACUAUUCGAAUUUGAAAAGAUGUCCAAUAGAAAUUUAUAAUGACAAUUCAUCAUUUGCAUUAUUGAAUAAACAACAACAGCCACAAGAACAACCAAAACAGCCUCCACAACAGCAAGAAGUUCCUUUUUUCAAAAAUGUGAAUUUCAAUCCUAAACCGCAAUCGGCUUAUACUUUUGAUGAAUAUCUCAGUUAUGAUGAUGAUGAACCUACUACGCCUUCUACUCCUACAGUCUUGCCCAACAAUAAAAUGUCUUUCCACUAUAGACAUCACGAUAAUCUCAAUCUUUCCACUACCAACCAUUCUACAAAUGAACCUCAAGAUAUCUUCAAAAUCUUGAAUAAAAGGUCAGUCCUUUCUGGUAAAGCAAGUGAAAUGGUAUGCUCGCUACAAGUUUCCACUAUUAUUUUAAUGCUAACGUGGUUUGGUCAUGGCAGCUCGUUUACUACGCUGUUUGGCUAUAACCGAUUUUGUUUUAACGUUGAACUAAAAAUUGUUCCGGCUGCAUCACGUGACCACACCGGAAAAGGAGGAGUUCCGGUGGGAUUUUGCUUCUUCCCCCCGUAUUUCGAGGGGACAGAAAAAGGGUUGAAUAUGGGGUUAACUCUAUUGAUAUAUACCUAUUUGAUUGGGGGGUUGACAUUCCUACCAGGGUUGGUUAUAAUAUUUGUGUACCUACACCCUAUAUUCCAGGAAGAACAAGAAGAAGAGCAAGAGCAAGAAUUUAUAGGGAAGAAAUUGAAAGCUGGAGAAAUUGAAGAAUUGAAUCAACUGGGAUUAGAUACUUAUAAAGUUGGCUGGAUAACAGUGACACAGGAAUAUUUGGAAUCAAUAGAUGAAAUCACUUCUUCCACUCAAUCAAUAAGUGAUUCAACUUCUAAUAAAUCAGCAUAUUCGAGCUUAUAUAAAUUAGUAAAGGAUUCAGAAGACCCGAUUAAUAAUUCUUCAAAUAGUUCAAUCAAAGAACAACCUAAUACAACAACCAAUACAACGACCAAUACAAACAAAUCAUCUAACCAAAAGAAACAUCGGUAUUAUGCUAUCUUGAAACACGGGAACUUAUUUCUAUAUAAAAAUGAAAAAUUAAAAGAUGUUAAACAUGUGAUUGUCUUAUCGAAUCAUAUGAUCUCUAUUUGGCCCAAAGGAUUAACCGAUGCUCAAUUAUUCACAAAAUAUACCUCAAUAUCAAUUAUGAAGAAAAACUGGUCGAGAAAUCGUAGAUUAUCGGAUAAUUAUGAAUCAAAUUUGAGCCAUGACGAAUUUAAUGAUUCUCCUAAAAAAUUAAACAUCUUGGAUGUCUUGGAUCCAAAUAAUAAACUAAAACCUCCCCCUGGAUCCUUUUUCAUCUACUGUGAUAAUAAUAGUGAUAAAGAAGAUUGGUAUUUUGCCUUGAUUAGAGCUACUAAAAUUGAUGAUGACUCAAACAAGUUGAUCGAUCCAAGAAUUCAUGCUAAAACUUUACACUUUGAAACUUCAAACAUGAUGGAUCUAAUUCAAACUUUAUAUAGCUCGGAAGGUCAGCUAAAUACUAAAUGGUUAAAUGCCUUGAUUGGAAGAAUCUUUUUAUCUUUACAAAAAACUGAAUUAUUAUCAAAUUUCUUAAAGAAAAGAAUUGAUAAAAAGUUAAACAAGAUAAAAACUCCGGGUUUCCUUGAUAAAUUCCAAAUUGUCGAUUUAACAACGGGUAAUUCUGCUCCCUUCAUAACUUUCCCUGAAUUAAAAGAAAUAAACCCAAAUGGUGAGGUUUUGGUUUCUUCUUAUAUUCAUUACUUUGGUUCAAUGUCUUUGAAAAUUAAAACAAAGCUCAACAUCAACUUGGGUUUCAAACCAAGAGAAGUCGAUGUCCUUUUAAAAAUUACCCUUGUAAAAUUACAGGGCCCCCUUAUUAUUAAAUUUAAGCCUCCUCCUUCAAAUAGACUCUGGUACACUUUUGAAAAAGAACCUUUGAUUAAUUUAAAAAUUGAACCAAUAAUAAGCUCAAGACAGUUAACCUACAAUAUCAUCACUAAUACUAUCGAAAAAAAAUUCAAAGAGGCAAUCAAAGAGAGUCUUGUCUUACCGUUCUGGGAUGAUUUUGCUUAUUACGAUACCGAAAAUGAAUUUUUCAGAGGUGGUAUUUGGGAUAAGACGGAAAGGGAAAAUCUAAAUACUAAUAAUAAUAGUACCGAAGAAAACCUAGAAGUGUACGAUAGCAACUCAAUUGAUAAUGCUUCCAUGAAAUCUUCUUUAAAAACUGAUGACUCAAGCAUAAAUCUCGAUAAAGCUAGCUCAACAACAGAACUAUCGUCAUCUAAACCAAGCAAUUCGAGGUUAAAAAUUUCAAAUACUUUUAAUGAUAUCUCGAAAAAAUUGAAAAAACCAAGAUCCCAAACUCAAUUAAAUGCUAAUCUUGACGAAGAAUCUGAACUAAGUACUGAACCUAUUUCAAGUUCUCCAAGUAUAAAAUCAUCAUCUACUAUUCCAAGUAAAAGCAAAGAUCUUAGUGGUGACACUGCUUCGUCUAAAAAAUCCAUUAGCACCUUGAAAAAAAUUGGUAAAUGGUACUUCAAAGAUGACAAAGCUUUAACUACAACUUCGGACCAGGAAAUCACUUAUACUCCUCCUGAAAUGAUCUCUAACAGAAGAAGCAGCCCGAGAAAAUCAAGUUUUUCAAGUAACAAGUCUACUCAAGACGUAGCAUUUAAAUCAAACUCAAUGUCUCCAACGUAUGAUUUUGGCUCAAGAUUUCCACUCAAUGGGUUUAUUUCUGGAAAUUUUGAUGGUGGAUCCAACAGUUCAGAAACUACAAAUGAAAAUGAUAUUGAACCUGACUUAAAAUCUCGUCCCACAUCGAUAGAAUUGAAAAGCACGUUUCAUCAAAAUGACACCCAAAUUCCAAUUUCAAAAAAUGAUGAUAACUCAACAUUCGAUUCUGACUUAUCAAAAACUGAAAAAGCGGACUUGAUUUCGAACUUGAAAAUAUUACCUCCCGAUGAAGAUUCCGACGUUACACAAGGCUCAACUCCAGCGACAGAAGAACCCCCAUCAGUAAAUAUUUCCCCUGCAAAUUCAUCUAAUGAAACCCAUGGCCCUAUCCCAAAGAAUUUGUAUAGAAAACCUCCACCAAAUGACACUCCACCUCUUGCACCUACAAAUGAAAGGGAUCUAAUAGAGGAUAUUUAAAUAAUUAUAAUACAUAAAUGC